UGAUGAUGAAGAUGAGGCACAGGGGGAUGAGAGAAGUAGACUCUCGCGAUAGUAGCUAUCAGAGUGGCUCCUGUAAAGAUGGCAGGCAGCAGCAUCCGAGGCCGGCGGAGCAGCCGGAUGAGAGGUCGGACUGACAGCGGUGAGGAACACGUCCCGCUGGAUCUGUCCAGAGAUCCUGCAGAGAACCUUCGUGAAAUCCUUCAAAAUGUUGCAAAGCAGCAAGGAGUCUCCAAUAUGUGCAAGCUCGGUCACCUGAACAACUUCGUAAAGCUUCUCUGCAGUGUGGGCCACUCAGAGGAGAAGCUUGGUUUUACAUAUGACGAAAUAAGUAUUUGUCUUCGAUUAGCAUUGUUGAACGAGGCUAAGGAAGUACGUGCAGCUGGGUUACGAGCUCUGCGUUACCUGAUCAGAGACAGCACCAUACUAGAGAAGGUGCUUUGUCACCAAGUGGACUAUUUGAUUGCAAGGUGCAUAGACAUCCAGCAAAGCAAUGAGGUUGAGAGAACACAGGCUCUCAGACUGGCGCGCAAGAUGAUCACUGUGAAUGCACUGCUUUUCCCUUCCUCUGUAACCAACUCCCUCAUCGCCGUGGGCAACGACGGGCUGCAUGAACAAGAUCGUAUGGUGCGGGCCUGCAUUGCCAUAAUCUGUGAGCUCUCCUUGAAGAACCCUGUUGUGGUGGCGCAGCGGGGCGGUCUCAGCACCAUUCUGAAGAGCGUGACCGACUGUCAGCUGAGUCGCAUCAAUGAAGCUCUCAUCACCACCAUCCUGCACCUCCUCAACCACCCUCACACAAGGCAGUACAUUCGCUCGGACGUUGAGCUCGAGCAAAUCCUGGCCCCGUACACUGAUUUCCACUACAGACACACUGCUAACAUAGCAGAGGGGCAGCUCAGGGAGGACAGAGAGGCUCGAUUCACGGCCAGUAAAAUGUCUAUAGUUGCUUCUUUUCGCUCCUGGUCAGGCAUCAUUAACCUCUGCAAGUCAGGCAACUCUGGAAUCCAGUCUCUUAUUGGCUUGCUCUGUAUACCAAAUAUGGAAGUGCGGAAAGCUUUGUUAGAGGUGUUGUAUGACAUCUUCCAGCUAACCAUACCUGUAGCAACUGCAGACUUCACUGAAGCACUUAUUAGUGUAGAUCCCAGUAAAUUUCAAGAGAGCUGGAGGUUAUCUGAUGGAUUUGUGGCCUCUGAGGCUAAAACGCUUCUCCCACAUCGAUCAUGCUCAAGACCGGAUCUGAUGGACAACUACCAAGCUCUGGUGCUUUCUGCCUUCAUCAAGAGUGGAUUACUAGAGGGUCUUGUUGAGGUGAUAACAAGCAGUGAUGACACCAUAUCCAUACGUGCUACCAUCUUGGUGGGAGAACUCCUCCAUAUGGCCAACACCAUCCUCCCUCACAGUCACAGCCACCACCUACACUGCUUACCCAGCCUCAUGAACAUGGCGGCCUCCUUUGACAUCGCUCCGGGCCAGAGAGUACGGGCGAGUGCUGCAGUCAACCACCUGAAAAGCUUUCACGAGAAGAAGAAGCGAGGACCCAAACCUCACAGUCUCUUCUUGAACCACAUCCUCAGCACAUCAGGAGAAUCACAUUGCUCCCGAGAACAGCACUUUAAACCUCAGAGAGACAUUUUCAUUGUCAAGGAGAAUGAAGACACUCUAAUGACAAACAUAAGAGAUUGCCACAUCCUCAACCAUGAGAGCCACCUGGACUGGAACUGGUGCCUUAUUGGAACCAUUUUAAAGUCCCAAAAUGUUGGUCUGCGUAGCAAUAAGGAUGAACUAACACAUAAGUUUGUGAAGAAGCUGCUUUUCUUCUACAAGCCCAGCAGUAAGCUGUAUGGCAGUCUGGAGCUCGAGCAUCCCAAGGCCAGACAGCUCACUGUGGUUGGCUCUCAGUUCAUAGAGUUCCUCCUGGCAUCUGAGGAGGAUGGUCAGGCAUACCUGGAGGACCUGGUGAAGGACAUCAUCCAGUGUCUGUUCUCCUCUGCUCCACCCAAACCUAACUGCAGUGUGCAGGGCAGGGGUCUGCUAACCACACUCAGCCAGCACUACUUUCUCUUCCUGGGCAUCCUGUCAGCUCACCCACACAGUGUCAAGAUACUAGAGAAGUGCAGUGUCUUUCAGUGCUUGUUGAACCUGUGUACUCUGAAGAACCAGGAGCUGCUGCUGAAGCUGACGGUCUCCACGCUGGACUACAGUCGAGACGGUUUGGCUCGAGUCAUCCUGUCAAAAAUCCUCACCGCUGCCACCGAUUCCUGCAGGUUGUAUGCCACUAAGCACCUGCGGGUUCUUCUGCGUGCCAACGUGGAGUUCUUCAGUAACUGGGGCAUCGAGCUCCUGGUCACUCAGCUUCAUGACCGUAAUAAGGCCAUUUCCAAAGAGGCGCUGGACAUCCUGGACGAAGCCUGUGAAGACCAGGCCAACCUUCAUGCACUGAUAGAGAUGAAACCCGCUCUCACACACCUGGGGGACAAAGGCAUGCUACUGCUGCUCAGGUUUUUAUCUAUCCCAAAAGGCUUCUCCUACCUCAAUGACAGAGGAUAUAUCACUAAACAGAUGGAGAAAUGGCAAACGGAGUAUAACCUGAAGUAUGUGGACAUGAUAGAGGAGCAGCUCAAUGAAGCUCUCACCACGUACCGCAAGCCUGUGAAUGGAGACAACUACGUACGCCGCAGCAACCAAAGGUUACAGAGGCCAAAUGUUUAUCUUCCUGUGCACCUAUACGGCCAACUGGUUCAUGAUAAGACUGGCUGCCAGCUGCUUGAAGCUCAGAAUGUGGUUUCUGAUUUGAGCUCUAGUGUUCGAUCUCCAGCCCUGGACAAAUGGGAGGGCAUCAAACAGCUGAAGGCAGCACUUUGGGCUUUGGGAAACAUAGGCUCAUCAAACUGGGGUCUGAACCUGCUGUUGGAGGAGGCGGUGAUCCCUGACAUAGUGGUUCUGGCUCAUCACUGUGAGGUUCUGUCUAUCAGAGGGGCCUGUCUGUAUGUGCUGGGUCUCAUCAGUAAGACCAAGCAGGGCUGUGACACAUUGAAGCAGCAGGGAUGGGAUGCUGUGAAGCAUAACCGUAACAUGCGAUGGCCUGUGGUACCUGAGGAGGUUGAGCCACAGACCAAACCCUACAACCUGCUACCCUCUGCCCCCAGCACCCUUAGCCUCACCGAGUCCAUCAACUCCAGGCACAACAGCGAGAGUGACUCAGUGCAACCCGGUGAGUAUAUACUAGAUGAUGACAGGCUAGAAGACUUCUCAGAGGAGCCUUUGAAUAUCAACCCUAAGCCGAUGAAGGAUCGAAGCCCCUUCAACAAGCUGGCCUCAAGCCGCUUCCGUAACCGCCUUCUCCACUCACUGUCUCUCCCUGGAAAGAAUUCCCGCACCACCCCUAACCCUAAAGGGAGCAGCCAAGGCCAGGCAGGGAAACAGAGGCUCACUGCUGCAGAACCUGCUAGCUUCUCAUUUGAAGCUGCAGAUACUUUCCCAGUUUACAACAAUGGCCACAUGUCUAAAAGCCCCUCAGGUGGUAGGGAGACCUCCUCUGUGUGGAGUAGAGCCACAGUGAAUUGUGGAAGCACCCCCAGCAUUGAGGAGGGGGAUCUGGAUGAGUCAGAGGUCCAGACAGUCAAGAAUCAGCAGGAGCAGAGCAGCUACGAGCGUUUGGCUGAAGAUGGGCCUCCAGGUGGCAGUAGAGCUCAGUUUAAAAGCCGCAGCCACAGCUUUAACACAGACACCACCACAAGCGGUAUCAGCUCCAUGAACUCCAGCCCCUCCAGGGAGACUCUGCCCUCCAGCAUGGACACUGACUGUGUCAGCCUCAACACUGUGAUAAGCACCCAAACCGUCCAGAACAUGCACUCAGCGACAGGCCGACCCUGCUCCACACCGCUCUCAAUUCCCAAGUCCUGCUCCACCUCUCUCAUACGUCCUGGCGUGUCUCACACUUUGCCUCGCCGAGCCAAGUCUCUCAAGUCUCCAUCAGCAACCACCCUGAGCAGCUUAGCUGACAGCAGCCUCAUGUACUCCAGCUCCAGAGAUGCAAUGGGGUACACCACGCUAAAGAGGCUGCAACACCAACGCAUCCAACCAUCUCUGUCCCACAGUGAGGCCAUACUCUUCACUGAUGCCAUCACCAUGAAUACAGGCAGUCUGGACUCCAGACGCAUGCCACAAAGAGUCUUGAGAGCUCUGAGUUUUGCGUCUCUGGAUAAAGAAGACCUGCUGAGCCCCAUCAACCAAAGCACACUGCAGCGCUCCUCUUCUGUACGCUCCAUAGUGUCCUCUGCCACCUUUGGCUCCUCUGAUGACUACAUAGGCCUCGCCUUGCCUGUUAAUAUCAACAACAUGUUCCAGAUUCAAGAAAAACCGUAUUUCCAAAAAAGGAUGAGCCCACCUUCUGAGGAGCGCUCUGCUAAAUUCUUCUCUGGAGACUCUGAUGGUGAGAAAAGUGAAGAAACAAGACACUCAAAGCUUCACUCUCAGCUCAGUAUCACUGAGAUGAUGGCGGUAAGCCAGGCAGAACAGCGGCAGAUGCUCGGCUCAGAGGAGACAGGUCUGCGAGAGCACAACGUCGACAACUGUCUGUACUGCUCUGGACUGUCUGUGCCCGGCUUCAGUUCUCAAAACAGCAACUCAGAUCUCACAGAGGGGAAUUCAUUGUCAGAGUGGUGCACUCUGCCUUCAGCAAACCAUCCAGAGGUCAUGGUCCAGGUCAAGUUGUCGGGGGAAUCUGGAUGCAGUGACUGUGGAUCUGUGGGUAGUGGUCGCAGCACAGAACUUGUUUUGGGUGUGAAGUCCAUCCCAGAGGACGCUCCUGCUGGCAGGGUGCUGCUGAGGAAGGAGGUGCUUCGUCUGGUGAUCAAUCUCAGCUCCUCUGUGGGAACCAAAAACCAUGAAACCAACCUGUUAACGAUCAAGGAGAAGUUUCCCUACGCGUUUGAUGACAUCUGUCUGUAUUCAGAAGUGUCCUAUCUGCUGGCUCACUGCAUGUUCCGCCUGCCCUCACGUCGUUUCAUUCAGGAGCUCUUCCAAGAUGUGCUCUUUAUACCACUGUAUGAAGAGGCAGAGAGCAUCCUGUCCGUGUCUCAGCAGAGAGCCUCAGCUUGACCCUCUCAUCUCUGCCAGCUGAAGACUGACUCACCCUUGACUCAGCCCUGUGUGUGAAUUCUAAU